AUGAGUGAAUGUUCUCCCUCGGAGGUAGUGAACGGGGUGCCUGUAUUUAGGCCGUCGUUCGAGCAGUUCGAGGAUUUCUAUAGGUUCGUGUCGUCCAUUAACAAGUACGGAAUGCAGAGUGGGAUAGUCAAGAUUGUUCCGCCGAAAAAAUGGCUCGAGAUGUUGGAAACGCCGCCUAGCGUGCAGACUUUACACAGCAUUAAGAUCAGACAACCGAUCCAACAACACAUCAGCGGAUCACAUGGAGUGUUUGUGGUUCAGAACAUCGAAAGGAAUAAAACUUACAAUAUUAUACAGUGGAAAGACAUAUCACGUGACUACAAGGCACCCGAUAACAACAGUAAUAGUAAUAAUGGUAAUAAUAACGGAAAUAGUAGUAGUAACAACGGUAGCGGCAAUCGCAAUAACGGAGACACUAAGGAUGCAGGGAGUCAAAAGAGUACCAAGAUAAAACUGAAAAACCAUGAGGAUUUUACAGUCGACGAUUUCGAGGAGUUCAAGAAAAACUUCAACGUCGAUAAUUUAACAGAAUUUCAGGAUCCCAAAAGGUUGGAAAGCCUAGAGUCAUACUAUUGGAAAACGUUAAACUUUACGCCACCAAUGUAUGGAGCAGAUACCCUUGGAACAGUUUUUCCAGAAAAUUUGAAAAUUUGGAAUGUUUCCAAAUUGCCCAAUCUUCUAGAUGAGAUGGACCAGCAACUGCCAGGUGUUAAUAAUUCGUAUCUGUAUGCCGGGUUGUGGAAGGCUUCCUAUGCAUGGCAUUUGGAGGACCAAGAUCUUUAUUCCAUAAACUAUAUUCAUUUUGGCGCACCAAAGCAAUGGUACUCUAUCGCUCAACAAGAUCAUGAAAAAUUUUACAGGUUCAUGAAAGACCAAUUUCCUCUGGAUUCGUCAAACUGUUCUGAAUUUUUGAGACACAAGAUGUAUUUGGCUUCACCAAAAUUAUUAGAAAAAAAUGGAAUACGAUGUAAUAAAAUUGUUCACUACGAAAAGGAGUUUAUUAUUACUUUUCCUUAUGGUUACCAUGCAGGUUUUAAUUAUGGCUAUAAUUUGGCCGAAUCAGUCAAUUUUGCAUUAGAAGAAUGGUUGGAAAUUGGAACGAAGGCAAAAAAAUGUUUAUGUGUCGAUGAUGCGGUUGGAAUCGAUGUUAGUAAACUCUCCUCAAAAUGGAAUAGCAUCAAAUUGGAAAAAGUGCAAAAUUCGCCUCAAAAUGCUCCUGUCAGACCUCAUACUUCAGAUUUGGUAAAUUCAAGGCAGUCUUCUCAGCUUUCUGACACGAGUGAUCAGGAUCCAAGAAUCAAGAAUUUUGGUGAAUUAUUGAAUCAUAGCUCUCAGGAGCUACAGCAUAUUGAGGAUAAUAAGAACUUACCAAUGUUGAACUCAAUAAAUCGACUGCAAAGUAGUUCAAUACGGUCGACAACUCCCAAUCCAGGUCAAUAUUUCAAUAUGAAUCAAACGAUAAGUAGAAUCUCAUCUCCCCUUUUGUCGAGGAUGAUGGACCUUUCGAAUAUAGUUGAGCCAACCUUGGAAGACCCUACGUUGAAAUUCAAAAAAAAAUCGAUGAAUCCUCCACUGCAACAGAAUAACAAUACAUUGGCAAUUAACGGUAACAGCACGGUGCCUUCUCCAAAUAUUAAUGGAAGGAUUAAUUCUUAUGUUUUGAAUGGAGCGGAUUCUAGCACUAAUAUGACGUCAAUUGGUGUCACGUCAUCAAAUCCUCCCUCAGCAUUGUUGGGUGAUCACGAGGAUAAUAUGUUAGCAUUAAGUUUAGCAUCUCUGGCAAACAGUGGUGCUUCUUCGCCAAGGCUAAAUCUUCCGGCAUUAGAUUCGCCAAUAGAACAUGCGAAUUCAGGUACUUCUGCCAAUAACAGCGCUAAUAAGAACAAUAGUACUUUCGAAAAGAAUAACAUGCAAUCUUCAGGGAUCGUUUCCCCAAAACCGUCGUAUAGUCCAAAUCCCCUUUCGUAUUACCCUACGACUUCUUCUAAACCCUAUAAUGGGUCGGUUCCGCUGGCACCAUUAUCACCAACAACAUCGAAUUUGCCGUUUAUUAAGAAACUAAAAUCACCAAAUAUAGUAACGUUGAAUAUUUCGAGGGAAUCUUCACGAAGUCCGGUUUCUUUUAGCAGCGAUUACCGUUCUCCUCUUGCAGCAAAUAAUCCUUUGAAUUACUCUUCUGGUGUUACUUCGACAUUGAACCAAGUUCAUACUGUUAAUAACAAUAGCACUAGCAGCAGCGGAACUGCUGAAUCACCGUCACCAAAUAUACCAGAGGCAAAGCGACCCAAAUUGGAAAGCAAAUAUUCAUCUGGAGGUAACGUAAACAAGCAGAGACAAUUCGUUCAAACUUCUUCGACAAGUCCAACACAACCUUCAAAGUUUUCUUCAAGUGAAAUUUUGAUAUCUGAGAAUGGCAAGGUAUAUGUUUGCCAAGAGUGUAAAAGACAGUUUUCUUCAGGGCAUCAUCUAACAAGGCAUAAAAAAUCUGUACAUUCAGGAGAGAAACCGUACUCUUGUCCAAAAUGUGGUAAAAAAUUCAAAAGAAGAGAUCAUGUUCUGCAGCAUUUGAACAAGAAGAUUCCCUGUACGCAAGAAGGGGACGGAGUACCAACGGCAUCAAAGAAAAAGAUUCAAACUCCACAAGUGGAACAAGCUGGGACAGUAAUAGAGCAAAAUUAG